CCGGGUCUUGCAUCAUCCCAUUGGUUUUUCAGCUGUUGCUCCCCGGAAGGACCGUUACCGCGAGUCUGACUCGCAGCCUUCAGUCAGCAAUGCAAAAGGGGAAAUGCUAAGGAGAGAUGAAGUUGCUGAAGAGAGCGGGAUUGAGGAGACCCCUGAACAGAGAGCAGCCUUUGAGGAUGUGCACCUGAAGAGAAAAGAGCAUUGUUGUUCUGGAAUACAACCAGGAAUCCUGCAUAUUCCCACUGCCAUCUUAGUGGUACUUGUCUUCGCUAGCAUCCUGUGCAUUGCCAGAUUCUCGGGUUCAGCAGUGAAGGAUAAGCAGAUGAGCUGUGUGAAGAAUGCCUGCAUUCCUCUGGUGCCCCCAUGCACCCCUGGGUGGAUCGGCUAUGAAGGGAAAUGUUACUUUUUCUCAGAAGACGAGAGGAACUGGACUGCUAGCCAGGCCUUUUGCGCUUCCUGUGGCUCAUCGCUGGCCUCUAUCGAGAGUGAACCGGAAAAGGUGUUCCUGCUGCGUUACAAGGGCAACGCUGAUCACUGGAUCGGCCUCUGGAAGGACCAGAGCCAAAUUUGGAAAUGGGCUGAUGGGGCGGCAUUCAGGAACACGGUGCACAUCGGAGGGGAAGGAGGAAACUGUGCCUUUCUAAGCAUGGACAUUGCCAUCACCUCUCGUUGCUACAUACCAAGAAACUGGAUUUGCAGCCACCUGGAUGCUUACAGAAAGAAUAGAAGCUCUGCAGAGGGACCAUGAGAAGCCCAGAGACAUUACAGGGCUAGUUUCUUUAUUUGUUAAUUUUCUAAAACUGCAUCCGUAGCCACUGAGAUCAUGUGAAUAGUGCUGAGGAAAGAGCAAUGUUGAUCAGGACUGCUAUUGGAGGGAGGGAAGCAUUAAAGGCAUCUGCCAGAGAUCCCACUCCAGUUGUAUCAUGCUCCUCCUCCCCAUGCAUGCAGUGUGUGUGUGUGUGUGUGUGUGUGUGUGUGUGUGUGUGUGUCUUUGUGGAUGUCACCAAGUCACCAAGAGCUGCCAUCCCCCAAGAGCCCCAUGGAAUCUGAGAGGUUCAGAAAGCCUUCUGUAGGAAACACUAAGAACCAUAUGCAGCUUCUGCAGGGCAUACCUGAACAAUCAGAGGGCUUAACGGGGACCUUCCUUAAGGAAAUACUGCAGUGAGCAUGAAUAGAAAUUCAUCAUUCCAGACCCCAACUGGCUUCCCCUACCAAUACCCACUUUGGCUCAAAUGCUAUUGGCAGAUAAUCCUUUUCACAGCAGAUGGCAGAACACCCAGAAUGUGGCCGCAGCUGGACCCCCAGCCUCACCAAUGAAAGGCACCGAUUCUUGAGCUGUUCAGUCCCAAAGACAGGAGAAAUAGGUAACAAAGCAGCCAACAUGUUAGAAUGUGCAAAGAAAGCCCAUGGCCAGGCCAACAAUAUUUGCAAUUUUGGCAAUCAAAAACAACUCUGGAAGUUUGAAUGCAAAAAGGCAUUGCUAAGGUUCAGAUCCAGACUCUAGCCACUGACCUUUCUGCUGUUAUACUGAAUCUAAAUAUACCUUUGGAUUCUAUCACUCCUUUAAAAAUAAAUUUUAAAGCACCAAAGUGUCCUCAGGGCUUCAGGUGAAGAUGAGGGCGAUGCACCCCACCCCACCCUUUGUGCAUCCCAGGCUCUGUUCUUUUGUGUUCAUGGGGCAUCCCUUCCAAACCUUAGCCCACUCCAUUCCUUCUAAGCCCUAGACCAUGGGUCCUCAAACUACAGCCCGGGGGCUAGAUCCGGCUCAUCAUGCCCAUUUAUCUGGCCUGUCAUGCCCAUUUGGACCUGCCACGUGUGCGUCUGCACCCACAUGCACACUUGCCACCACUCACCUUGCCCCGCGUGCGGGAAGGCAGCGGUUUGAUCACUCAGAGAAAACAGUCUCCAAGCGCGCAAGCCGCUGCCUUGUGUGCCCACCUCACGGCACAUGCCCGCCCCCGCCUCGCCUCGCCGGCACCACCUUUCCGGCCCUCGCCCGGCACCGGCACCUUUUAACUGGCCCCCUGGUGAAAAAGUUUGAGGACCCCUGCCCUAGACCAAAGGCAAAUGGACCCUCUUUGAGACUGAGGAGAAUGCCUUGCCACCUGGCCUUGUGCCCUUCACAUAGCCGCAGCACCCACCAGUGCGGUACCUGAAGCAUAGAAACAGAGCGAGUCAGAUGGGGCCUCCUGCGCCAUCUAGUCUGACCCCUGGCUCUAGUUGGCUCCACUCAUGUCAUCCCCAGAAUGUGGGGACGACUGAAGGGACUGACUGCUCCUUGUUCUACAUAUCUGCAGGUCAGAGAAGCCGAGUCUGCAGCAGAUGAAUUACCAGUGUGUGGCUGGUGAUUUGGUGACUCACUCUUGCUCAGGAGCCACAGAGAAAAACACACAAAACAGCAAGGCCCUGAAGGUCAGGAGCCACACUUUCCACUGCGAGCUAACUCCAGAUGCCAUCAUCACCAAGUGACUCCCAGAAUCAGAUCUGGAUCUUGCCUUAGCAGCAGGACACAAGGAGCUCAUUGAAAAGACAAACCAUGAAAAGAGAAAUUGGAUGACACUCCCUGCUUGAAAUCCCUCUUCAAGCUACAAUUAUUGGAUGAAGCCUUUGCCUUUACCCUGCAGUAGCUGCUUCUAGAAAGUGAGAAUCGUGACGGGCUUGUGUAGAUGCUUUCCUGCUUUUAUUUCCUUUCUCUUCCUCUCUUCCCUCCACUGGUUCAUCUGUUGCUGAAUUGUACAUUAGAAGCUGUCUGGGUCAGGAAUUUCUUUCUAUGAUUAUAUUAUGCUGCAGCAUGUACAUGCUAUAGAAAUAAUCCACAUCAUUUUUUAACGGUUGGGUAGCAGGGAUGGAAAAAUCAAAAUUACGGAAUGGAGUGGACAUGAUUUGCAAAGAAUCCUGUUCUUACUUAAAAGUGAUUUGGUGGGGAAUGUCUCAAUCAUACUGUUGAGCAAGUAUUCCAUGUGCCUAGGUCCAGAAUACACAAUAGAGGAAGCUUUUCUUUUAAAGGAUUUAUUCUCGAGAAUAGCCUGUUACCAACAAAUUGUUCCAGAUUGCAUACCUGAGCAGUUCUCAGUUGGCCCUUUUUUACAGUAUAUCACAGAAGUGAGUAUACCCCUCACAUUUUGCAAAUAUUUCUUUAUAUCUUUUCAUGUGAAAACUCUGAAGAAAUGACACUUUGCUACAAUGUAAAGUAGUGAGUAUACAGCUUGUAUAACCGUGUAAAUUUGCUGUCCUGUUGUAGGUUUGUACUUUGCAAAGGGGUUUCCUUGAGUUGUUCUCAUCAAUAAAACUACUGAAGUUUGA